GAGGAGGAGAAGGAGGAGGAGAAGGAGGAGGAGAAGGAGGAGGAGAAGGAGGAGGAGAAAGAGGAAGAGGAGGAGGAGAGGAAGGAGAAGGAGGAGGAGGAGGAGGAGGAGAAGGAGGAAGAGGAGGAGGAGAGGAAGCUUGGUAUCGAGGUAACCUUCAUUUAUAUUUGUAGCCCAAAUUUCUCCAUAUCAUCAAGGACCAGAGCCCUAUCCGAGAUCUCGUCAGUACUCCCAGCAGGAGAGCAUGGUAAGGAGAGUUUCUAA